UUCAAUUGGAAUUGCUAGAAGUCAAGAAGCAAAAUUGGGAGAUCUAAGGCACCAUGUAUUUUUGCUUAAAAUGUACAGUGCAAAGAAAAUGGAGUAUAGAGCGUUCUGCGCGGGGAGCAUCAUCACUAGACAAAGAGUAUUGUCAUCAGCACAUUGCUUUUACUCGAACAGAAAACGUUUGAGACACCAGCUGAAUGAGGUCCAAAUAGUUGCCGGAUUGCUGCUUACCGUACAGCGCUAUCCGUCAAACGUUACAGACACAGAACAACAGUGGAGGAUACCGACCCGUGUGUUUACACAGAAAUUCUAUCGUUUUCCUGCUUUCAGCCUUGCUGUUAUUGAAAUUAAUUUACCGUGGAAAUUCAAUCAUAUCGUUAACAAAAUACCUUACGCUAAAUCAACAUUAGAUUACGACGGAGUGUGUAAUGUUGCAGUGGUAAAGAUAACUAAGAGCUGGGCGUACAAAAAAUAUCUUUUCACGGAACAGCACAGAAUCGUACCGCGGGAGAAAUGCGAGCGAAAGCUGCUUAGAACAUGUCGACUCUAUAUAUGCACAAUGGCCGAAAUAGCUCAAGCUGAAUCAGAAACAGCAGGCGCUGGUCUGGUGUGCUUCGAGACUGGUACCGCUGAAGAGGAUCCACAAGGCGGUCUUCUGGUCGGGGUCACGGUUCUCAUCAACAUCGGCCUACCAUCCUUGCACCACAGGAUUGCAAUGUUCGACAAAUGGGUGGCUGACGGCGCGUACCGAGUCUUCAAUCUACCUUUUAUUUUGCUGUUUACUUGUCUGUGUAUGGUUUUAUGA